UGCGUUGUUUUUAAACGUGUAUUUCAAUUGUUGAAUCUGCUGAAGUGUAAUGUAAGCUAGCCAGCGAGGCAAGCUUAGUUUUUGCGUAGCUACUUCCUUGUUAGUGAGAGUCAGUAGUGUGAGGGCAAGAAGUUUCACGAUCUCUGUUCUCGGCUUUGUUUUUCUUUAUCACUAUUAUUUCACAAGUCACACCAGCGACCGAACACAAGCCUGUUUGACACUGAGAAACAGACCGUAGUACGAAGCCAUGGGAGACGCUGUGAAGAAGGAAGCUGUUCAUGCGACGUCUCGCUAAGUUAGCGGUAGCUAACAAGCUAAUCUGAGUUAGCCGGCUAACACAUGCUGAAAUGCUCACGACUGGAUUACUAAAAUACUUUGUGGCGUUUUGGGACAUUUAGAGAAUAUAUUCUAGGACAGAUUGUUUGCUUACAGCACUGAUGCUGUGGAUCGGCUUUGGUGCAGAAGAUACGAAACCCGCGGCUGGAGGAGUCUGGCUGUUUUAGCUAGCUGACUCGGCUAGCUCUAUAGCUAGCAUCCAGCUAGAUUUGUUUCAAAUGUUUUGCUUUGUUUUUACCGGGGACCGGUCACCUGGAAAAAAACCUUUCAGAACGGGGGUGUUAAUGUCAAUGAUCAAUGCCUAAUCCGGAGAUUUCUCACGGCGGUCGGGGACGGAGCCCCUCGGCACAAAGGAACCGCAGACAUGAGAGGCGGAGUAAAGCUCCCGGGAGCGGCGGAGCUAGCGUUAACGCCAACCGGAGGGAGAGGCACCGGGACGGGAAGCGGCGCUCAUCGGCGUCACGGCGAAAGAGACGCAAGCACGGCAGGGAACGGGAGAUGCGGCGCUCGCCCGAGAAAGCGGAUGGGUACGUACACGGUCUGGCGGUAGAGUACGACGACGUGAGCUCGCAGUCGGAGCGUUUCUCGGGGAGUCCGUCACCCAGAGCGGAACAGUGGGCCAUAGCAGAGCUCCGAGACGGCGACGUGACGCCGGGAAGGAAAUCGCGCAGAGACCCGGACUCAGGAAGCCGACAAGAGAGAGACCUGAAAGUCAAAGAUCAAAAACCGAGUCGCGAAAGGGACGCGCUGUCCAAGUCACGGGAACGGCCGAGAAACCACGACAGCAACGGGAAGAAGUCAUCCGCGGACAAAACACGCGAGGCCAAGCGACAAAAAAGCAGAACCAAGUCGGACAAGGAGCCUCCGUCUGCGUACCGAGACACACCACACGCUUACCGGGAGGCCUACAGAAAAAGCCCGGGCUUUAAUAAAACCGAGAGCCCGUACUCAUCGUACCAGUACGGCUACCAGUCUCCCAGCUACAAUCAGUUUUCUAGCUACGGGAGCAAAAGGCUCUCGCCAAGCGCAGCUUACUACGGACGGGACUCGGAGCCGUACAGCGGCUACAGCGCGUCCAAGUCACCGUCAACCAAACGGAAGCGCUCUCCGGGAAGCCCGUACGCGUGGCGCCGCUCUCCGAGUCCGUACGAAGCGUGGGAGCACAACUCCAGUCCAUACAGUCGGAAACGUUCCCGGAGCCCAUACAAGAAAUCAGUCAGCCCCAGUCCAGAGCAGAGGCGUCCAGGGAAAUCACAUUCACGCAGCCCAUACACGUCAUCACGCCGCUCACGGUCUCGUAGCCGUCACCGUCACUCGCGUUCUCGCUCACGACCCUCCAGCCUUUCACCCAGCACCCUCACAUUCAAGAGCAGCCUGGCCGCCGAGCUCAGCAAGCAGAAAAAGGCCAAGGCUGCUGAGGCUGCACGCGCCAAGAGUUCCAGCAACACCUCCACGCCAACCAAGGGCUCAUCUUCCUCUUCGACUGCACCCCAGCCCAGCCCUAUUAUCAACCACACAAUGAAGAAAACACGCCCCCCAUCUCCUCCUCCGGCACCUGAGAAAGGUCCCAGAAGCCCUGUCUCGAGCCAGCCACCGUCCCCCAUUGACAAGAUCACCAAGAGCAGUUCAGAGGCGAUUCAAUCUGGCAAGGAGGGAAGGGUAAAAGAGGAGAAGAGGAAAUGCCAAGCUGCUCCAGGGAAGGAGAAGGAGAAAGGGAAUGCUCCAGUGUUCUCACUGUCCUCUCUACCUUUGCCCAACCUCACAGAACACAUAGAUGGAACAGACAGCUUGAAGAACUCUACACACUCAGGGAAGAAGAAACCAGAAAAGAAAACCCGCCACCUCCUCACUGACCUCCCCCUCCCUCCUGAACUUCCUGGCAGUACGCUCGGCUCGCCUCAAAGCCCUACAGAAGACAAAAAAUCUGCCAUGUUAAGAAGACGACCAAAAAUAUGUGGCCCACGUUUUGGAGAGAUUAAGGAAACGGAGAUAGAUUGGGGAAAGCGAUGCGUGGAUAAAUUUGAAAUCAUUGGGAUCACCGGAGAAGGUACCUAUGGACAAGUGUACAAAGCUAAGGAUAAAGACACGGCUGAGAUGGUGGCUCUGAAGAAAGUGCGAUUAGACAAUGAGAAAGAAGGCUUUCCCAUCACUGCUAUCAGGGAGAUCAAGAUCCUACGGCAGCUCAACCACAAGAGCAUCAUCAAUAUGAAGGAGAUCGUAACGGAUAAGGAGGAUGCUCUGGACUUCAAGAAUGAUAAAGGGGCAUUUUACUUGGUGUUUGAGUACAUGGACCAUGACUUGAUGGGGCUUUUGGAGUCUGGCCUAGUCCAUUUCAACGAGAGUCACAUCAAAUCCUUCAUGCGGCAGUUGCUGGAGGGUCUGGACUACUGCCACAAGAAGAACUUUCUGCAUAGAGACAUCAAGUGCUCCAACAUUCUGCUCAAUAACAAGGGUCAGAUAAAGUUGGCAGAUUUUGGAUUGGCUCGACUCUACAACAGUGAAGAAAGCCGGCCCUACACCAAUAAGGUGAUCACUUUAUGGUACCGUCCACCUGAGCUUCUGCUUGGGGAAGAGCGGUACACACCCGCCAUCGAUGUGUGGAGCUGCGGGUGCAUUCUGGGUGAACUUUUUACCAAGAAACCUAUUUUCCAAGCCAAUCAAGAACUGGCACAGUUAGAGUUAAUUAGUCGUAUUUGUGGCAGCCCCUGUCCUGCCGUGUGGCCCGACGUCAUCAAACUGCCAUACUUCAACACCAUGAAACCAAAGAAACAGUACAGACGCAGGCUCCGUGAGGAGUUCGCUUUUAUUCCUCUGACAGCCCUGGACCUGUUUGAUCACAUGCUGGCUUUGGACCCAAAUAAGCGAUGUACUGCAGAACAGGCUCUCAGCAGCGACUUCCUCAGAGAUGUGGAUCCGACUAAGAUGCCUCCACCAGAUCUUCCUCUGUGGCAGGAUUGUCACGAGCUGUGGAGUAAAAAACGUCGGAGGCAGAAGCAGAUGCCGGAAGAACUAGCCGCUCCGAAAGUUCCACGGAAAGAGCUGGGACUGGACGACAGCCGCAGUAACACGCCUCAGGGUUUCCCUUCUGCUGGAGGACACAAAGGGCCCAGUGCCACUUCUGCUGCCAUGCUGGACCCCAAAGGUCCUAAUUCUCAGCUGACCCAGGAGCAGCUGGCUGUACUUCUGAACUUGCUCCAGUCUAAAAGUGCCCCAGCAGGUUCUGCACAGCUGUCCCAGGCCAUGGGCUUUAAAAUAAACCCUGAUACACUGCAAGUAGCCAAGGCUCUUCUCCCAGCGGCAGCUGAACCUGAGAGGCAACCGGAGCCUCCUGCCCAGGCGCAGUCCAAAGCCCCCAAACCCCCACAAGCUGUGGCAGCAGUGGGCGGAGCCCCCCGAACACCACCCCUUCCCAAGCCUCCAUCGCCCUCGACUUCACAGCAGCAGGGCAAAAAUGACGGAGAAAUCUCUGCCACAGCCACGCAAACAGCAGUCACGAUGCUGCUCGCUCAGUUUCUCAAGGUUCAGCAGAAUGCAGAAGUGCUAGGGACAGAUGGGGCAGAUACAACCAUUUCCACAGCACCAGGGGUGGCUUCUGCACCCCUUCUCCCUGCAGAAAUAAAACAGCCACCAGAGCCUAGUCCUGUCUCACCAGCGACUGAGGGGAGCGGAGCGUCCUCCCGAGCUCCUGAGCCGCUCUCUAUCCUGCCUCCUGAUCAGAGGCCCCCAGAGCCCCCAGAACCCCCUCCAUGUGCAGACCUAGACUACCGGCAGGCCCCUGAGAACCAGCCUCUCCUCCCCUCUUCCUGUUCCACCUCUGCAGGACUAGGAGAUGCAGCACGGCCACCCGAGCCUGAUUUUCCUCCUCUUCCUCCACCAAGAAGUCACUUGCCCCCUCCACCUUUUCCCCCUACAGGCUUCGGAGAAAGCUACCUCAGCCACAUGAUGGGAGGAGGAAUACCCCCUCAUGCACAUGCUCAUUCCACAUCGUCUGCCACGGCACCCUUCCCUCAUGGAGCAGCACCAGGUGGCAGCACUAGUGGAGUUUCUGCAGGAGCCAGUGGCAGUAUGGUGUUUAGCGGAGAUAAGGACCAUCGCUUUGAGUACAAUCACAGUCCCAUACCUGUGGAGGGCACCUCCCAUCCUUCUAGCAUACAUCUCUACAACCCUGCAAUUGGCCAGAAGGACGGAGGAGCACCACCGCCUUCUAUUCCACCACCUCCUCCAGGCCAAGUUUGGGGCUCCCCAUCCCAGUCUGGGCCUCCGCCCCUUCCUCUUGGGUACGUCCCCCAUUUAAACAAUGCAGCACUAAGGGGGAGAGGACUCCCGUACUGAUUAGGAGUGACAGCACGGUGACAGACUUACACCUCAGAAAAGGACGACUGUAAACGAGAGAAGCAGUUGCCAUCGAUCAAGCCAGCACUGAGUGCACUACAGAGGCACGCCUAAUUUGUAACCAUUCUAAUUAUGGAUGCAGGCAGGCAUUUCAGUAGAGUAUUCUGGCUUGAGCCACAACUAGAGGGGUGUGAGAUGAGAGGGAUUACUUUCCUCUUCACCCCUUUUUUUAUUAGUUACCCCUCUCUAUGAUUUGGUAAUCUCUCAAACUGCUGUCUUUUAAAUAAAAUUUCACCUUUUUUGAGUGUGCAUUUACCAGCCUGGUAAGUGUUUUUAUUAUCUGUACCUUAGUGGCACCUUUAAUUGCAUAAGGACAGACUAGUAUUACAAUGUUUUGCACUACUGAGUAAAGUAGGUGGAAACAGUUAAGAUAUGAAUUGAUUUCGAUGUGCUGCAUCUGCACAAGAUGAAACGACCAGUAAUGUAGAUUUUCUUUUCCCCUUAAUGACUUAACAUGGGUGGGCUUGGUCUUUUUCACUGGAGGAGCUUUUCUAAAAAGCAUUUGGCUCCAGUGAGAUUGGCAGCACUUGGGUGACUACGCUCCUUUUUAAAUCGGUUUGUCUACUAAACUGAAUGAAACAAAGCUGUAUUUUCUCGCCAGUUCCACCAGCCAUUGUCUACAGCCAUUGUAAAAUGGAACAAAGAAACCAGUUUCAAAAAGGAGAGGAGCAGCAAUGUCUUUUUUUACUAAAUGUUUUUGUUCUUUUGGCAAAUGUUUAUUAAAGAAAUGCCAACCAUGUA